AUGGCCUUCAGGGCCAAGGACGUCGUUCUUGCAGGACUGGCCAGCUUUGUGGCCUGGGGCUAUGCCACGCACUGGUUUCCGGCCAUUCGGUUUGCGGGUCAUGGCAUCGUCGUGGGGGCGUUGCUGACGGGCGCCGGCCUGCUGGCCCUGGCGACGCUGACCGUACGAGGGCCUCUGUACGGGCCGGGCAUAGCGGAGGCAGCAGCAGCAGAAACGACUGCGACCUCGACCUCAGCCUCGACCUCGACCUCCUCAAAAGCCGCAGCGAUGGCAGCGAUCCGGAUUUCUCGACGGCCACGCGGCGUUGCGUUUGUCUCGCCCGAGCACUGGCCCGGCGAGGUGGCAGCGUUGCGUGCCCACAGCGACUACAGCCCGAUACCACUGUACCCGCAGUCUCCAAGGGUCUCGGCAGCCCUCGACGAGCUGCUGGAGAACAUCCUCCGAACCUACAUCCGGUCCUGGUACGCCAGCAUCGGACCCAGCGCCGUGUUCCCGAAUGCGGUGGAUGCGACGAUCCGUGUGGCUCUUGGCAGCCUCCGCGACCGGCUGCUCGCGGUGGACGACGUGGUGGAAGUGCUCACAGGCCGAUUGGUGCCGAUCCUGACGGCGCAUUUCCACGACUUCAACGAGGCCGAACGGGCAGUCCGUGGGCGCAAGCUCAACCGGUCAGUAACCGAGUCGGACGAGCUUGACCUCGCAAUUGCGGCAAAGUACCGCGACAACCGCAUCAGCCGCGGGGCUGUAGGCGGCGGUCUGCAUCCGGCGGCCAGCCUCUCGUACUCGGACACCAACACGCGGCUCGUCCGCCAGGACUACCUGCGCCGGCUUGUGGCCAGCCGGCUGCUACCCCAGCUGCUGCCGGCCAGCUUCCUCGCCAGCCGUCCGGUUGCGGCACUCGUGCGCGAGAUCGUCGCCUGCGCGGUGCUCUACCCCGUGAUGCAGCUGCUGGCCGAACCGGACACGUGGAAUCAGCUGAUGGAGAACUACGGCCGCACCAUGCUGCAGGACCGGUCGACCGUGCGAAAGCUGCGUGCCGCCCUCGACCAGCACGCCUCUCCGGUCCCGCGAUCGAACCGGCCGACGACGGCGUUUCCCCGACUUGCCGUGGGCGACAGCGAGCGCCGGUUCGAGCGAUUUGUGCGUUCGGUCCGCAAGGUCAACAACCUCUCGGAUGCCCGACGUUUCCGCAGCGAGGUAGCCAGUCAGCUCAAGCGCGACCUGCAAAGCCAGCAGCUACAGCAGCUGCAGUACCUACAGCGGCAGCAGCUGGGGACAGCAGGCCCGGCAGCAGAGAGCCAGGAUCAGGCUGUAUACCUCCGGCGUCUGGACAUGUGCAAGCGGCUGCUCGACCAGAAGGUACAGUACCUGGCAGCCGGUGGUGACCGACGCACGAACGGCAGCAGCGACAUGUCGUCGAGCGGCGCCACAGGCAUGGGCCAGGGUCCUGGGCCCAUUGGCAUCGGCUUGGGAGGCGGAGCAGCGACAAAUCAAAUGCCUGCGGUUUCGCGGCUGGAAAUGGCCAGUCUUGGCGAGCUACUGCGGGACGCAGCAGGCAUGUCGUACUUUAUGGAGUACAUGGACCGACAGCGGAUGCUGCCUCUGGUGCAGUUUUGGCUGGUGGUGGACGGGUUCCGCAACCCGCUGGAGGACGAGGACGAUGACGCGGAUGGCGACGCGAACAACGAGCCACUGCCGUCGUCGCUGCCAGCAUGGACAGACUCGGACCGGCUCGACCUGGCGCAGAUCGACCAGGCGUACCUGGUGCGGCCAGAGCUGCACAUCCCCGAGACGUCGCGCCGCGCAGUGCAGGUAUUUCUCGAAGCGGGCACGGGCGCUACGCCGGCGCAGUACUACCGGGCACGACGGGCGAUUCUGCAGUGCCAGACGACUGUGCUGGAGGAGAUGAAGGCGAAGUACUUCCAGGGAUUCAAGAGGUCAGACCUGUUCUACAAGUGUCUGGCAGCCGAGGAGGCGGCACAGACAAACAGCAGCAGCAGCAUGUCGACGCCGUCGCCUGCGAGACCCGCAUGGCCUGCCAAGCCGUCGAGGCCGGCGAGUCGCGCAGAGGAGCGAGCACCGACGCUGCCGACUUCUGUGGGCACAGCGUCACAAGCAGCCGUCAAGACGACCCCCACCAGCAGACUGCGGACAAAGCUGCAGCCGACGCGACGGGCAGAAUCGUCGACGGACCUACGGGCUACAGCCACGACGGCGGCAGCAGCAGUGGCAUCGAGCAACGGCAAUGGCCAUGGAAUGGGUAACGGAAACGGCAACGACUUUCUCUUCGCCGGAGAGAGACAUGGCAACCCGAGCGUGCGACGAUCAUUGGACGAGCGACGAACGCCGUCACCGUUGUUUGGCGACGACGACGACUUCUUCAGCAGUGCAGGUGGCAGCAAUAACAGUCACAGUAUCAACCAUAAUACUAAUAACAACGAGCACGACGUCUUGGCCGAUUCGGUGCAGAGCCUCGACCAGACGGAGGUGCCACACACAGAGGUGCUGGACACCAAAGUGGUGGAGGCAGUGGAGGAGGCCCUAACGAACAUUAUGGAGGACAGGCCACCAACAACGGCGGCAGAUCUGAGAGCAUCGCUGUUCGGCACGGACGAUAGUGUUGGCGGUGGAGGUGGCGGUGGUGGUGGCGGCGGGUCUAGCAUCUUCUCCGGUAUGGACGGAGGGGAGAGCAGGGAGAGCCCACGCGGCUCAGUGGAUCUGCAACGACGCAGCAGCCCGCCAGCUCCACGCAAGGAGACGGAGAAGCCGAGCAUCGCGUCGCUGGGGCUAGUCAGCGCGGCAUCGCGGAUCGGAGUGUUUGAGGACGACGACCUUUUUGGCGACGAGGGCAAGUACCUGUCAGACGAGGAGGAAGACGGGGCGGAAGGAGGUGGUGGUGGUGGCAACGGUGGUGCACGCGAGGGUAUGGAGAAGGGCAGCAAGGAGGAGGACGAGGAAACGGUGCACGAAGCGGCACCAGGCGACCUGGGGCUGGCAGAGGCGAUCACGGCGCUGACAGACGACAUUGAGCGGCUGGCAGCACAAGAUGCGGUGGUGGACUCGCUGCUGCGAAAGGCGGAGCUGACGAACAACACGGCAGAGCUGCGGAUCCUGCGCAAGUCCAAGUCGAGCCUGCAGCGGGAGAUGCGGCGCAAAGAGCUGCAGCGACAGCAAUACGUGGUGCAGGAGAGCGACAACAGCCUGUUCGGACGGGCGACGGUGCAGCUGACAACGAUUCAGGUGGGCCACGACGAGGCUCACGGCGGCAAAGAGUACGCGCGAUACGCGAUCGAGGUGCAGCGAGCAGCAGGCGAGACGGUGCCGGCAGCAGUGUGGGCAGUGUGGCGACGGUACAGCGAGUUCUGGGCGCUGCACCAGCGACUGCGGGCGCGUUAUCCAUCAGUGCGGUCGUUGGACUUUCCGCGGCGCCGUGUGAUCAUGAUGAAGCUGCAGGGCGAUUUUCUGCAGAAGCGGCGGGCGGCCCUGGAGCGCUACUUGCGGGCGCUGCUGCUGCUGCCAGACGUCUGUCGGAGCCGCGAUCUGCGAGCAUUUCUGUCGCAGCGGGUGAUUGGCCACGGUGGAGGUGGAAGAGGGGAAGGAGGAGGAGGAGGAGGAGGAGGGGGAGGGGGAGAGGAUGGGGAGGGCAACAAAGACGUGAUGUCGCGACUCUACGAAUCGGUGGCCGACGGGGUGGAAGACAUUCUGGGCAGCAUUCCGGUGCUGGAUCAGCUUUCGUUGGCAGGACAGAGCCUGAUUGCAGCAGCGACGAGCCAGCUGCAGGGAGGAGGAGGAGGAACAGGAACAGGAGGAGAAAGAUCUUCAGUGGCAACAGUGGGCGAGUCGGCCGAAGCAGCAGCCGAACUGGCCGCGUUCGAAGAGCAGACGGGCAGCAACAACAGCGGCAAUAACGAGAACGAGGGCCAGACGCUGCUGGAAGCGGCUGAAGCGCCGCCGUUUGUCAAGCCGAUCUGCGACAUCUUUCUCGAAGUCUUUGAGCUGAACCGGGGCAACAACUGGCUCCGGGGUCGGGCAGUGGUGGUGGUGCUGCACCAGCUACUAGGCGGCACGAUCGAGCGGAAGCUGCGCGAGAAUGUGCGGCUGGCCGUACAGGAAGAAGACGCGCUGCUGCGGUAUCUUGCCUUGGUUCAGGAAACGCUGUUUGGGGGAGCAGCCUCGCCUGGCCGCACGACGGCCCAGAAGACGCGCACACGCACAGAAGCCGGUCUGAUGCUGGCCACACUGGUGCCUGACUUGGCCGGAAGCGUGGUCGGCCGGCUGAACGCACAGGCGGCCAGCCGACGCAUCUUUGCCACGUUUAACAACAGUCGAUUGAAUGCCCACCUCGCCUUCACGCUACUCGACGAGAUCGUGGACAUUCUCUUUGGCGACCUCCGAGGCGUGGCCUGA